CCAAAACACCUUACCAUCAGAGCUUUCAAGUUCAACUUUCAAAAACACAUUUUCCACUCUCGAAAGAGCAACCGAUUGAUCAACAUGGCUGCAAUCACCAAUUAUCUUUUGGCUAAUCUGAUCGCCGCUCUCGUCCUUGCCACCAAAGGGCUGUGCGUCUGUGAUCUGAACGGCGUGACGAUUGGGACGACGAGGAGCGGGAGUACACGAGAAGGCGAGGCGCAGUGGAACGUGGAAGUGAUCAACAACUGCGCCUGCCCCAUCAGCAACCUGGUCGUUUCCUGCAAAGGAUUCGCCAGCACUCUGCCAGUGAACCCGGCCCUGUUCAAGCAGAACGGCGACAAGUGCCUUGUCAAUGGCGGAAACCCGAUUGCUCCCAGGGCCUCUGUCAAGUUCUCCUACGCCUGGCACAGUCCCACCAUUCUCAUUCCCAACAGCCUUUCCAGUUCUUGUUGAUUCGAUGCAUGUGUGAAAGUUUUGAUUAAUGGAGUAUUCAAUAAAAUUUUGGUGUAGUUUCCUCACUCUUUAAUGGAUGGAAAACUCUAGGGUCGUUGUAUUCCUGUCGCUCGUUCAUUAUAAUACGAUACUAAAAGAAGAUUU